AUGAGGGGGGAGAGAGUUCCAGAGGUGAGGGGGGAGAGAGUUCCAGAGGUGAGGGGGGAGAGAGUUCCAGAGGUGAGGGGGAAGAGAGUUCCAGAGAUGAGGGGGAGAGAGUUCCAGAGAGAUGAGGGAGGAGAGAGUUCCAGAGAUGAGGGGGAGGAGAGAGUUCCAGAGAUGAGGGGGGAGAGAGUUCCAGAGAUGAGGGGGGAGAGAGUUCCAGAGGUGAGGAGGGAGAGAGUUCCAGAGGUGAGGGGGGAGAGAGUUCCAGAGGUGAGGGGGAAGAGAGUUCCAGAGAUGAGGGGGAGAGAGUUCCAGAGGUGA